CAUUCAGUUGUAGCACAGCUUACAUUCUCAUUGCACAACAUUUACCAGUAGGCUUAUGCAUGAGUGAAAGUAGCGUGUGAUUCUAUGACGUCAUUUUCUACCUGGAAAUUGUCAACUUUAUACGCUUUGUGUACGGAUGACCAUGCAUGUUUCAGCGCAUUGUCCUUACACUUUGACGGACGCACGAACCGAGCAGCUACUAAGCUACGCUGGUUGAUCCGCUUGGUGAACGCUACCAGACUGUAAUAUGUCUGACGUGGAAGUGCUUGAUGAGGGGCUGUCAGCUGAUAGCUGUGACACAUCAUCCAGCUCAUCAUACAAUCAAGCUUCUGAGUUGUCAUCAGCAGCAAGUGAUAUUGCUGAUGACAGUGACAGAUCACUGUCUGAUGUGGAUAGCCAACAAAGCACCUCUGAGCUCUCAUGUGCUGCUAGUAGCGAAGAAGACUUCGAAAACGUCCAGGAGUCAGUUUCACUGGACAACAACGUGCUAGCUCCAGUGGUGGAUGGUACAUCUUCAGAGCCUGGAGAUUUAGCAGAUGCUCUACCCUGUCAGGCAGACAUCCCAGUUGGUCGGCCUUCCCUGAAAAGACGGGUCAAUGAAGAAGUGGAAGAUGAUGAUGGUGCAUCUCAAGUCGCUUCAAACUGCUCCGGAAAGGAUGCUAACUGCAGUGACGCACCACAUAUAAGUUCAGAGGAGCUGGUGAGCCUGGUGUUAAGUUUUGGCCUCCGACAUGGUUUGUCAAAUUCGGCCAUGACGGAUCUAGUGGAACUGAUGAAUGUCAUAUCCAGUUCGUCGUGCGAAAUGCCUCCCACGAGAUACCUCAUGAUGAAGAGUAUCGCCAGCCGGCACGAGCGAAGGUCAUUCCAUUAUUACUGUCUAAAUGAGAAGUGCAGAGCAUAUGUUAAAGCUGACCAGGAAAUGUGUGACUACUGCGGGACGCCUUUUUCGAUGAAGGAGGCAAAAAAAGAAGGACAUUUUUUUAUUCACCUUUCACUAGCAGACCAGCUGCGCGAUUUGUUGGAGACGGGAUACAUUUCCAAAAACCUAUUGAGAAAUGAAAGGCAGAGAUCUCGCAUAUCUGAUAUUGUCGAUGGGGAGCUAUACAAGAAGCACUCUUUGCUGGGAAAGGGAGAUCUUUCAGCUCUGUCCAUCAGUUGGAAUUUUGAUGGCCUUCUAGUGCAUGAAACCUCUGGUGCAUCCGCGUGGCCCGUUUUGGCUACUGUUAAUGAACUCAGGCCUGAGGUCAGGAAGGACCAAAUGCUUAUGUGUGGCAUUUGGUAUGGCAGGUCCAAGCCUCUCUGGUCAACCAUGUGUCAGCCUUUUGUAGAUGAACUGACCUCUCUUAGCACGCAUGGCUUGAACUGGGUGCACCCAACGGACGGUACGAAAGUCACAAAGGUGAUUCCGCUGAUGACGAUGUGCGACUCGCCAGCGAGAUGCAUGGUGCAAGCGAUUCACCAAUUCAACGGUGAAUACGGAUGCACAUGGUGCCUGCAGGCCGGCACCAGGGUAGCAACUGGACAUGGGUUUUGUCGUGCUUAUCCGUACGAGGAAGACGUUCCCCAACGCACCAAUCAAAGCCUCAUCAGACAUGGGCAACGAGCAUUGACCUCUAUGGAUAAGCACUACAAAGGCGUAACUUCGGUCUCUCCGCUCCACCUACUUCCGCCUUGUGUUGAGCUGGACCUAGUCAAUGGUUUUCCUGUGGACUACAUGCAUUGUGUCCUCUUGGGGGUGACUAGGCAGCUGUUUUGCCUAUGGUUCGAGCCAAACGACCAGUCCUUCUGCAUUCGUAGAUCGAUGAAAGAGCUGGACGACGACCUCACCAAAAUUCGUCCCCCGGAUGAUAUUUCCAGACUCCCUCGCUCUCUUUCAACGUACAAGAAGUGGACUGCAACAAAGUGGCGGAACUGGCUUCUGUAUUAUUCGUUGCCACUUCUUCGUGGCGUCCUUCCAGACCGCUCCUUUCGCCACUGGACAUCGCUGGUCUCGGCCAUGUUCAUGCUUUUGAGUGGAAGCAUCUCCAUGCAAGAUGUCGACGAUGCGGACGCCAAACUCAAGGAGUUUGUGUCACAGACUGCGCGGUUAUAUGGAACGGAACAGAUGUCGUACAACGUACAUACCCUGUUGCACCUGGCAAAGGCUGUGCGCAACUGUGGUCCUUUGUGGGCGACUUCAAUGUUUCCCUUCGAGGGAUUCAACCGGACGUUGUUAAAAUUCUGUCAUGGCACCAACCACAUGGCCCAGCAGAUGGCAGACAAUUUUAUUCUGUUUCGUAUGGUAUCUGCGCUGCAAGAAGACCGACGGUCGGCUGGGGAUGGAGACGAGAGCGUAGAUCGCUUAGUGACGAGGUGGCUGCGGGGAUACUCGCUGACUGAUCGGGCUGAGAAAUCCAUUGACGAUGUGUUGGGGCUUGGGGCACCAGUGCACCGCGACCUCACGCUAGUAGAGAAAGAUCUUCUCGCCGUGUCGGGGUUUGCGACAGCGGACCACCGCAUUCCUGUCCGUGCGUAUGGUCGAGCGAUUGUAAAUGGCCGUGUCACUUGCACCAGAGCAUAUGGCUCUGCGAUGAAGCGCAACAGCUUCACGGUUAACACCGCUAGAGGCGUUUGUGUUGUCAACGACAUUGUGUUUAUCGGACCGGCUGGGGAUGCCCGCUGUCAUGUGUUCUGCGCGAAGUGUGAAACGACUCCUUUUGUACCAAGUGUAGCGCACAUUGUGAAAGUUCAAGAAACGAGAUCUGUGCUGGCACUAUCGCCAGGUGACAUGCAUGGAAACGCAGUGAUGGUGCGCUCCUCACGAAACGGCUUGUUGUGCUGUUUACAGCCAAAUCGGUACGAAAAGGACUGAAGACUGAAACAGACUCUGCAGCCAUGAAAUCGCAUGCGAGGGCCUAUUCAACUACAGUGAAUCACGCUCGCGUCUUGCACCAAAACAUAUUGCAAGCAUCAUCCGCAUGCGAUUGAUGCGAGAAGGAUUCUGAUUUAUUUGAAUAGGCUCACGCAUGCGAUUUCCUGACUGCGGAAGGUCUCUGUUUCAGCCUUAAGAUCCGGAAAACACUGGCUCUUCGGAGGGAGAAGUGAAAGGAGGGAGGGAGAUCAUGCUGAUGUGUUUUCUGCCACCGUAUUUUUUGUUUGCUUUUGUAUCGGUUUGUGGUCAGAAACUUUAACGUGCGCUUUUUUAGUUCAAGACAGAUAUGUAUGCAAAAAUGGCUGUCCUCCGCUGUUUGCUGCAUUGCAAACGUGUGUAUGGCAUGUUGUUAGGCGCUGUGUGCGAUAUAUUGUCGUCACUGGCUAAGUUUGUGCUCAGUGAGAUUAUACACAUCCCGCAAAGCUUAUGUUUAAUGGUGGUUAUGAAGAAUAUAUUGUAAAACUGUG